UCUAUCGAUAGCAUUGUGAGUGGACCAGCUGCCGGUAAUGUUUUGUUGAAUUUCAGCAAAAAAUGACAAAUUCCAGCGAGGAAAAUGAAUUGUACAUGGUCAAGCAGGCCCAGAGCCUGCGGAAAAGCGAUCCUUGCGCCGCCAAAGCCUGGAUAAUCACGGCCAAGACGCUAUAUCCAGCUGCCUUUAAUGUGCAAUACGAGGCCUACCUACUAGAGCGCGAUGGCAAGAACUACGAGGAGGCUGCCAAGUGUUUUAGCGUCAUCGCCACAAAUUUCCCGAAUCAAAAUUCGGAACUGUGGCAGGAAAUCAAUUCGCUAACCAAUGCCCUGAGAAACGAGAAUGAAAAUACGCCGGAACAGGACUUUUAUGUGAAGAUGUACAAGCACUUGACGCCCGAGGUUCAGCACAACAUAUUCAUGCACACCAUUAACCACAGUGGCGACAAUCUGGAGCAGUGCAUCUAUAUCUAUUUGCUGAUGUUCAACAAGUUCCCCAAGUCGGCCGUAACACAGGCGCCCAGACUGCUAGAAAUGCUGGCCGAGGGCAUGAAAACGGAUCCGGAUCUGUAUCAGAGGAUACUGGUGGAGGAGGUCCUGCCCAUGAUACAGAAUAAACCGCCAGAAUUGUCGCCAGCUCUGGCCUGCAGGCUGUAUACCAGUUCCCUGGAGUAUUAUCUGCGCCAGAUCAUGGACGAGUCGGACACGGCGGAUGCCUGGAAGAACAUUUUCAAGGUUUUGAUGAUCUGCGGCCAGAUGAUGGGUUGGGAACCGUUUUUGCCGUUCAGUAAGCAUGUGAAUCAGAACGUUUACUGGGAGAAGCUGGUGGACAUACUCUCCGGUAGUCCCGCCGGCAGCUCGCAAGUCCUAUUCUAUGCCACGACCCUGUUUAUUUACUCGCUGCACGGCUACAUACGGAACUGUAAGCUACGAAUUGAGGAUGCCGAUGUCAGUCACGUUCUGGUGGAGGGUUUCAUGGAGUGGACACCCGAUGGGGAUGGCUCUGAAGUUCCCAGCAUGGAGCCACCAAAGUUCUCGCUGACAACUCCCCUCAGUCCAGAGCUAUCCAAGGCGUUUUUGCAUGCCGCCCAGUGCUGGCAGCUUUUGAAUACGGAUCAGUUUCAGAGGGAUUUCAGCCAACUAAUGCUGGCCCUUCCGCUGGCGCCCUGGAUUUCAAGGUUUCUCUUCGAUUUGGCCAUUUACUUUGGGCACAGGGAUGAGGCCAACAAGCUCAUGUCCGACAUGACCCCGCAAAGCAGCCUGGUGCAGAGCCUGCAGAUCCUGAGUCUAAAUCUAAUGCAAGGAAGCAUGACUCUCCAGGGCUUUCAGUGCAUUCUCAAGAUCCUAUCCGAGCUGCCCGCCACCCAGGGCCAGCUCCUGGACAACAUGGCGCUGAAGAGCCACCGCCACAUGGUCUUCCUUCCCCUCACCCGUUCCGCCUUGGUUCAAUAUUGCGUGGGCGCCAUCAUCAGUCGGCUCAGCCGAAAAGUUUACGAGCCCGGCUGCCCGGAUCGUUUGAUUUGCGAUCUCUUGGUGCUCCAGCAGUUGAAUCUUCUCAACGAUGUCCUACUCACCCAGCAGAUUUUUAACGUGAUCAAGCAACGCAAAUCGUUCAAUCUACGCACCCUAUCCACCUAUAUAAUAGCCAUUGAUGUGAUUGAGGAACUUUCGUUCAUCUGGAACUCUCAGCAGGAGGACAAUUUUGAAUUGACCAGCUCGCCGCCCACUAGUGGCUCCAGCGGAGCUCCCACCGCGGUCACUCCUGGUGCAAGUGGCGCUCAGACCCGGCGAAUUGGUACUCGGGGAGCGGACAAAGGAGCCAGGGAUGAGUUCAAGGCCAUUACCCGCCAGCAGAUUGGCCGCUGCAAUGAGAAUGUGAUUACUUUGUUGGCAAACUUCAUCAGCCAGGAGCACUUGAUGCUGGCCCAGCACAUCUUUGGGAUCACUCAGCCCGUCGAGACGAUUGUAAUCAAGUAAUCUUUUCGUGGCAUUAGUGAUCAAGAGAGGGUUUAAUAUAAACUAUAAUAUACUAGGGUUUUUUAUAAUAUAAAUUUCAAAGAAAAUUAUCAACACAACAAUUGUGACUGCGGAUUUUCGUUGUCUCAGUACUAAGGUUCAAUUAAUCUGAGCCAACUGAUUACUUAGAUUAACCCUGAUAUGAAAAGCAUUGUAAAUAAGUAUUUUGAUGAUAAUA